AUGGUGGCAAAUAAACAAUUAAAGCGGUACAUGUCGUCAGGUAUUGUUGCCCUUGCUCUUCUAGCGUCACACUGCACAGAAGCAUUUGUUCCUUCGGCUCCUCGUCUGGCAAGCAAUUCGCUGGAAACUAGUCAUGUUGUAGCACCUAAUGUGAUGGGUGUGGCAGUAAGGAAAAAGGAGACUCAACUGGACAUGUUCAUGGGAUCUGACGGUGGCAUUCUGGGAAUUGGAACGCCGGAGCUGUUUACAAUCUUAUUGGUUGGUUAUUUCGUCCUGGGACCAUCUGACUUGUACAAAGUCACUAAGGAGAUUGGAAAAUUUGUUCAGAAUGUCAGGUCGUUUUCGGCAGAUGCUACUGCUACCCUUGAGAACAAUCUCGAGAGUCAAUUGCAACUUGACGAGAUCCGAAAAGCACAAAGGGAAUUGAAUGAUGCCUUUAGCUUUCGACGAUCCAUUAACGUGGACUCAGAUUCCGAGGCCUUUGAGGUAAAUGCUAAAUCACCGCGACCGGAAGAGCCAGAGCCCUUAGCAGCUUCAGUUUCCGCUCCGAAUGAAACUGGCACACCGAAAAAGAAAAUCCGCAGACGACGAGUCAAAAAGAAAAAGGCUGUUGACGAGGAACCCUUUUCCAUGGAGAAUGUCGAUAGCAACAUCACCCCGAAUGUUCCCGACCUAGACAUGGACGCGGAGAUGAUGGAAUCGGAGGAACGGAUGAUGGCAUCGUUGUCUGGGGCAAACGAGGAGCUUCGUAACGAGCAAAUGGAGGAUGACGCCGCAAAACUCCGUAAGGAACGAAUGGAACGGCUGCAAAGCGGGAGUACGGAAUCUGAAAUGGCCGAACAGGAGAUGGCAGCUGAAGGAUACGAUAUGCCUUCAAUUCCUGAUGGUGUCGCCCAAAACCGUUUCCAAGCACAGCUCAAUAAAAAUUGGAACGAACAAAUAAUGUCCAAAGAGGACGAACUUGGGCCUGUGGCAGACAUUAUGAAACGACUUGCCAUUUUGGAAGAAGAGAAAAUUGCAGUCGACAAGCGCUUGCAGGAAGAGUUCAAGCUACGUGAAGAAAAUGAAGAACGAUUCUACCGGGAAAAACGUCAGCUAUUGGAAGAUGCGGCGGCACAAUUUCAAACUGAAGCCUUUGCUACAACCGGACCUUCUUCCACCCCAAACAACAGCACACAACAAUAA